AUGAGAAAUAAUGAUUAUGAUAAAGAUAAUGAUGAAGAAGAAAUUAUGCCCGAGUAAUUUAUUAGUACAACUGCAAAUGGAGAUGGCUUGGAGUUUGACAAGAGACUUGGCAGUAUUUUCGAUGAGAUUUAGAGAAUAAAAGAUCAAGAUAUGAAAGGAGGAGUAUUAGGAAUAUAAGAAGAGGACCUAGGCUUUAAAAUAGAGGACGUGCCUUCAAAUCUUUCACCUCUAUCUGUGCUUCUAGAGGUGUCAUAAACUCUGGAAUAGAUCAAGUAAGAUAUCAUGCUUUCGAAUUAAAAAGAAGAUGAGUAUGCUAAUGUACUAAAAUCAAUUAAAUUUGGAGAUUAUGUAGAGAAAAGUUCAGAGACUCUUGCUUUAAUGCUAAACAAAUAUCAAUCAUUUGCAUAGGAAAAUGAUGAGAUCAGAUAAAAAUUAGAUACUAUACAAUAGGAGAAAUUCAAGGUUGAAUAAGAUCUUAACAUACUUAGGAUUGACAAAAAUCUAAUGCAGUAAAACAUAGUCGACUUGGACAAUUAAUUACAGCUCUACAUAGAAUAAAAUAAAAGACUUAAAACUUAAGUUGAUUAUAUGAGGAGGUAAAGAGAGGAGCAGAUAAAUAUGCAGGAAGAGGAAAAUCGGAAAGUAAUUCUUGACACAUAGACGAGCAAGGAUAAGAUUGAAAGACUAAAGGUAGAAUUAUACGAUCUAAAAAAGAAAUUCAAGAAGAUAGAGAAUUUUAAAAUGCUGUAUGAGGAUCUGAAGCAAAGAGAUAGUGAAAGAUAGUCAAUAGAAAUUUAAGAGAAAACGUUUAAGGAACUGAAGAGAAUAAAGGAGAUGAGGUCUUUGAUAGGUCAUUUGAAAAUAGCGAAGCAGUAAUCUAAUAUUCAUAACAGCCCAUCAAAUAAUUUGAGUCUAAUUGAAGUUUCACCCUUCAGCAAUGGAACUUUCCAAUUUCUUCAUAUUAAGGAUGUCUUAAAUCUUACCAGCUUGAGUAGAAGAGUGUCUGGUGUAUUCCUUAAGAAUAACUCAAGAGUUUUCAUUCACUUAAUGAACAGAAGAGCUUUUGAACUCAACUAGAAAUAUUAAGAAGUGUCAGAAAAAUGUGAGGUGCAGCAAUUCGUUAUUAAAAGAAAUGAGACCAGAGAUCAAAUUAGACAAAUGAUGGCUUCAGAUACAGGCGAUGAAAAAAUUAGGCAUAUUAUAGAUAAGCAUGUAGUCUAGCCUCAUCUCAAAUAACUUCAUGCUUAGAAUCAAAACAUUGAUAUUGCAAGCACAAGUGGUAAAGUCACUCUAGAGGUCGAAAGGGCAUUAAAGAUAGCGACUGAAUUCAUGGCUCAAUAUCUUGAAUAAUUAAAGGCAUAUUAACUUCAUGAAAUCAAAGUUAAAUAAGAUUAAUAAAGACAAUUACUCCUAUAAUAACAAUAAGAGGCUGAGAAAAGAAUAAAAUAGGAGCAGAAACUCAAAAAAGAAUAAGAUAAGCUAAAUGAAUCAGUAGAUGGAUAAAAGCCGAAGAAAGAGGGUUACAAGAUUGUUAAGGCUGGAAAGAAAAUGUUCGGAGCCUUGUCAUAUUUUAGUGGUUAUAAAUCAUCGGCAUCAAAGAAUCUUCCAGAGGAGUAAAAAUUAGAGGAACAAAAGGUUGAAGAAAUAAGUACUGAACAAAUAGAGUAAGAUGCUUAAAUAUAGGAGCAAAGUAAUGAAUCUGAAAACUAAGUAAUUUAGAAUGAAUCUAGUAAUAGUCAAAUUCAAGAAUCAUUGAAAGAUGAGAAAUAAGGUGAAAUUUUACAAUAAUAGAUAAAUGAACUAAGCAGCGCUUAGACUAUAGCAGAUGAUGGAUCUUAAUAAUUAUCGGAAGAAUCCAAAUAAAAUCCACAAAAUUUUAGUAUUCAAAUAAGUGAGCAACACGUAUCAGUAGAAGGUGACUAGAUGAUAUAAGAUAGUUCUCUCCAGAAUAUUGAUCAAAAUCAGGCAAUGUAAUAAUAGUCUGCAGUUCCACAACCCAACUUCGAUGAUUUAGUGGCUUAAGAAGAAACCAUAAAGACUUUGGAUUAGAUUAAAGACCCAGAAGAGAUGAAUGACUUUUUAGUUAAAAUUGGAGGAUUUCUAUUGAGUGAUAAGGGAAAGCUCACUCAAUGGAUUAGAGGUGUGCAAUAAGGCUUUGCGUAGUUCUACGUACUCGCUAAAUCUUUAUACAUUGAGUCGAGAGAACUUGAAAUUCUUAGAGACUUCUUAGUUCUCAGAGUUGAGAAUAUGAAAUUAAGAAUAGAGGACUUGCUGAACCAGAAGGAAGAUAUGGCUGCUAUUCACAGUAGUGACUCAACAGUAAAAGAGCAUUUGAUACAGAAAAUGAAUGAACUUGAUAAACUAAAUAUGGAAAGAACAACUGAGUUAUUGUUCGAAAAGAAGAAAGCAUAAGAACUUGAGUCAGAGAAAAAGGAAUUUGAUGAGAAAUUUGAAAAGUCUCAGAAGGAACUCAAUGAUUUUAAAUAAAAAGUUUCAAGGGAAGUUAAGGUCUUAAGGGAAAGAGUAGGUAAACUUACUGAUGAGAAUGUGAUUUACCAAAAGACUAUCGAGGAAAUGAAGAUAUUCUUCAACAAAGUCAACAUGCUUUGA